AUGGCAGACAACGAUCUCACUCCCGAGCAAGAAGCCAUCGCCCGCGCCAAGGAAGCCGAGGAACAAGCAGCGCUGCCCUACAAAUGGACCCAAACCAUCGCUGACCUCGAUAUCAACAUCACUGUUCCCGGAAACCUCAAGGCCCGAGAUCUCGUUGUGGAGUUCAAGAAGCAGAAGCUCAAGGUCGGCAUCAAGGGCCAAGAUCCCAUCAUCGAUGGUGACCUCCCGCACACAAUCCUAACCGAAGAAUCCACCUGGACGCUCACUUCGUCACCGGACGGGACCAAGACAAUCGAGGUCCACCUAGACAAGGCGAACAAGAUGGAAUGGUGGGCGCACGUCGUGACCACGGCGCCCAAGAUCGACGUGACCAAAAUUCAGCCCGAUAACUCCAAGCUGAGCGAUCUUGACGGCGAGACCCGCGGCAUGGUCGAAAAGAUGAUGUACGACCAGCGCCAAAAGGAGAUGGGCCUACCCUCCUCCGACGAACAGAAGAAGGCCGACAUUCUUAAGAAGUUCCAGGCCCAGCACCCCGAGCUCGACUUUAGCAACGCCAAGGUAAAUUAA